AUGGCACGCCCUAUUCCUGUGGUAUGUUACGAGGUUGAGGUGUUCUCAGGGACAUCAACCCUUCAGGAUGGGCAGCAAGAGGCGAUCUCAGCAACUGCAAGACGAUUACGAGGCUCUCUCAUCGGCUUUACCUAUGGGAGAUGGAUCUUUAUAUUGCUCAUGCCCAUCCCCUUGGUUUUUGAGAUCAUCCCGGUCAACAGAAAUAUCUACGAAUUCAAUAUCAAAAUGGAAUCAAUUAUGCGAUUGGAGGAUUUUCCAACUGUUUUAAUCCAGAAAAAAAGCCUUGUUCCUCACAUAUCACAACAGCCAGCGCACGCUGAAAAGGGGGCGCCACGGGCUGCCUAUAUUCCUCUCCCACCGCCUUCGAAAGAGCCAACAGAGAUCCUUGAUAUAGAUAAGGACACUCCAGAUAAACAUGUCCCCAGAGAUCCACGCCUUAUUCGGCUUACUGGAAUUCACCCAUUCAAUGUCGAGCCACCUUUAACCUCUCUAUAUGAUGAAGGAUUUCUUACCUCUCCCGAACUAUUUUACGUGAGAAAUCAUGGCUCUGUUCCGGAGGUUCGUCAAGCGGACAUUCCUGAUUGGCAGCUGAGCGUUGAAGGCCUGGUGCAGAGCCCUCUAGUCUUGAAUUUGGCUCAAAUUUUGACAGAGUUUGAACAAAUAACGGCGCCCAUUACUCUGGUAUGUGCUGGAAACAGGCGCAAGGAACAAAACCAGGUGAGAAAAUCGAAGGGCUUCUCAUGGGGGGCAGCGGGCGUAUCGACGGCUCUUUUUACGGGCCCGUUGAUAUCCUCUAUCUUGCAAAGGGCGAAGCUGCUUCCAGGUGCAAAAUAUGUGUGUAUGGAGGGCGCGGAUAAACUGCCCAACGGAUGCUACGGUACAUCUAUCAAAUUGAAUUGGGCCAUGGACCCGAAUAAGCGAAUAAUGUUGGCACACAAAAUGAAUGGCGAGCCACUCCGACCAGACCACGGUCGACCACUGCGAGCAGUUGUCCCAGGACAAAUCGCUUGGAGGUUGGCAAACAUAGAAUACCCCGAAGACAAAUAUCGUGAAGUUGAUCAGAACUUAUAUGGCGGCAAAAUCGACAUGUCAUGGCAAGAAACAUGUUUUUGCUGGUGCUUUUGGUCCCUAAAGAUAUCAACUACCGAAUUGGAAGGUAGCGAUGGAAUUCUAGUACGCGCAAUGGACGAAGCAAUGAAUAUCCAGCCUCGCAACAUGUACUGGUCUGUUCUUGGGAUGAUGAACAACCCUUGGUUCUGUGUAGCCAUCACUAAGCAAGAUGGCUACUUGAGGUUUGAACACCCGACUCAGCCCGCUUUGAUUCCUGGUGGUUGGAUGGAGCGCGUUAAGAGAAACGGCGGGGACUUGGUAAAUGGAAACUGGGGAGCUAUGGUAGAAGGUUGUGAAAAACCUGCAGUUAUGGAAGGCCCUAAGAUCGACUUGAAGAAGCCUGGCUUGAACAUCACUAUAAGCUUAGAGAAUUUUAGAAGACAUCAAAUUGGGCCUCAACCCUGGUUUGCGCUUGAGGGUGAAGUUUAUGAUGGUACAGCAUUCUUGAAUGAACAUCCUGGGGGUGCACAGAGCAUUUUAUCUGCCGCUGGUCUUGAUAUAACGGAGGAAUUCAUGGCUAUCCACAGCGAAACUGCGAAGGCGAUGAUGAGCGACUAUCACAUUGGAAGCCUAGACCUAUCGUCACAAGAAACUCUGAAGAAUGAUACGAAUGAAAGUGCGUUGUCGCCUUCAAGAGAAGUAUUUCUAAACUCGAAAUUCUGGGCACCAUCAUCCCUCCGCAGCAAAACGGUGGUAUCACCAGACUCUCGCCUCUUCACUUUCAGACUCUCCCACGGUUCCCAAUUCCUUGGUCUCCCCGUCGGAAAUCAUGUCAUGCUCAAAAUUGAUGACCCUUCCACUGGCGAAACCAUAAUCAGAGCCUACACCCCCAUAUCCAAACAAGAUAGCAGAGGCACCAUUGACAUCUUGGUAAAACUCUAUCCCUCCACCCCAAAUCACCCAAACGGUGGCAAAAUGACGACGGCAAUGGACAAGCUUCCAUUAGGAGCUGUGGUAAAAUUCAAGGGCCCUAUCGGGAAAUUUGAGUACCUAGGAAAUGGCGAGGUUCUCCUCAACGAGAAGAAGCGCUAUGUGCAAUCCUUCCAUAUGAUUUGCGCUGGAAGCGGUAUUACCCCUAUCUUCCAAAUACUCCGCGCUGUGAUAGAGGACCCAGAGGAUCGAACAUCAUGUGUGGUCUUGGACGGUAACCGGACUGAGGCCGAUAUCCUUUGUCGCGCUGAACUGGAUGACUUUAUGACAGAAAAUUCGAAUGGUAAGUGUCGUAUAGUCCAUACUCUGACUCAGCCGUCGUCAGCCUGGACGGGGCGCAAGGGUCGGAUCUCGGAAGAUUUGUUGUUGGAGUAUGUUCCUGUUAACGCGAAGGGGAAUGUGAAUAGCCUUGUGCUUGUUUGUGGACCAGAGGCGCUGGAAGUUGCUGUCAAAAACAUACUGUUAAGUAUGGGCUGGAACGAGUGUGAUUUGAUCUUUUUUUAA